AUGGCUCACCAGAAUCCACAGGUGCCGCAACAUACAUCGCUGAUGUGGAUCCUGAGCACUAUCGCAUCUACUGGCUAUUUGUCACGGAUGACUCAAUGGAAGAGCAAACUGAAUUUGCCCGAAAACGCCAACCUCGACAGUGACGAGGCCACGGCGAAGCUCAAACUCGGAUUGUUUUCCUACCCUGUGCUCCAAGCAGCCGAUAUCCUCCUCUACCAUAGACCCUCUAUUGUUCCUGUUGGAGAGGACCAACUCCAGCAUAUCGAGUUCACGCGGACGUUGGCUCGAGGCUUCAACGCCCAGGUCGGCCAGAAGGUAUUCCGACUACCAUGGCCAGUCAUCUCCCCGGCGAAGAGGAUCAUGUCUCUAAAAAGACCGGAGCACAAAAUGUCCAAAUCCGACCCAGAUCCAAAGUCCCGGGUGUUGAUCACGGACAGCCCCGAGGAGAUCCAUGCCAAAAUUCGGGGCGCCGUAACGGACUCGGAGCCCGGCAUCUCUUAUGACCCUGAACGGCGGCCAGGAGUCUCCAAUCUAGUGGAAAUCCUCAAGCACGUCACCGAGUCUCGGGAACCCAGCGAGUUCAUCGCCAAGGACAACGCCGACGUCAGCAUGCGUGCUUUCAAGGAGUUGAUUGCCGACGAAAUCAUUAUAGCACUGAGGGGCAUCCGCGAGCGAUUUCAGGAACUAAUGGCCGACAAGGAUGCCAAACGGCUGCGAAGCGAAAUAGAAAACGGCGGCGCAAAAGCACGGCGGAAAGCGCGUCUGACCAUGGGAGACGUCUCCCAAGCCCUGGGCUUGACCUCCUUGAUCCUGACCCCAGAGGAGGCGGCACGCAAUCGAGAGAGAAGGCUGGCGAUCGCACGGAGAGAGCUUGGUUCGGCCUUGGAUCUCGAGUACAACCCAUUUGAAAACGAGGGCCCCAACAGCGAGGACGAGUUCGCCGACGAAGUGGCUUUCGAAGAAGGGGACAAGGGGAAGACUCCGCGUACCGAGUAA